AUGUUGACCUUAUUCGUCCCUUGGAGAUCAGGAACUGAUUUGCGAAAUCCAGGCGAAGAAUGGCCAUCCGCUUGGAGUCGAGUUGCCAUAGGAGCACGAUACAGAGCGAUAAUAAGCAACAUUAAUCUAAAGUAUGAAUGCCUAGACGCACGCGACGAUUUCAGAGCCCAGCUCAAAUCGGGUGCAGAUGUCAACCUACCCAAUGCCAGCUGGUUCGAUCCUAAUGAUGACGACUUCGAAGUUCCCUGUGACGAUCAGAAUGGAACGACAGGUUCACUAUCCGAAAUAAUCGAAGGCUCUUAUCGAGACGGGAUACUCGCCGGAGACGAACUGGGAAAGUGUUACGGUGAUCGGAUGAAUGCAAUGAAGCGCAUGGCAGCAGUGUUGAAUAAUACAGGGUGGUCAAAACCAGUGGCCGUGGUACACAACGAACCCGUGCUUAACAGGACGUCUGCUCAAUAUUUGCCCGCUUCAGGAUGGAGAGCGGAAGUAAUGCGAAAGCGCCAAGAAGUAAUGGAAUCUCGAUCAAAGGCAAUCCCCGCGACCGUGAAGGACACCCCUCAUGGUCGCACGAGGAUACCGAGUAAUGCAGUUUUCAUAACCGACAAGAGAUACCUCACCAAAGACCCCAUCUAUGAUCCGGUAAUUCAAAGGAAAAUCGACGUCGUCGUGUCAGCCUUCGGAUUGAACUAUGAGCAGGAAAAAGCAUUUCGAAUAGUGGCGAACCACGCAUCCGACAGUUAUGCAGAGCGACUGAACAUGUAUAUAGGAGGGAUGGGUGGGACAGGGAAGUCCCAAGUACUCAAGGCCUUGAUGCACUUCUUCAAGUCUAGGGGAGAGUCUUACAGACUGAUCGUGGUAGCACCUACAGGCUCUGCUGCUGCACUUCUUGGUGGUAUGACAUAUCACUCCGCCUUUGGUAUCAAUGACCGAUCCGGAGCAGGCAUGGCCGCAGUAAAAUCGAAACUAAUUGGGGUGGAUUACGUUUUUUUCGACGAAAUAUCUAUGGUAUCAUCAUUCGAACUGUACAGGAUAAGCGCCAGACUUUGCAGAGUACUCAACACACCCGAUACGUCUUUUGGUGGCCUAAGUAUGAUCUUCGCGGGCGACUUUGCGCAAUUACCACCACCUAUGGGAGGAGAAGCUGCUUCGUUAUAUGGAAGGCAAGUCGGACUGUCGGGCAACACUCUUCGUAAGCAAAAGGCGUCUAUAGGUAAAUCCAUAUGGCAUGAAGUGACCACCGUGGUAAUACUGAAGCAAAAUAUGAGGCAAACAGCCCAGUCGGAAGACGACGCGAAACUUCGAAUGGCACUUGAAAACAUGCGAUACAAGGCAUGCACGACCAAUGAUAUUGCUUUCCUUCGAUCCCGGAUUUCAUCGUCCUUACCCGGAAAGGCGUCUAUCCGAGAUCCGGAGUUCCGAAACGUCUCGGUAAUAACCACAUUAAACGUCUUAAAAGACACCAUCAAUGGAAUCGGAUCCGCGAGGUUUGCAGAGGAAACAGGGCAACGCUUGAGCUUUUUCUAUUCGGAGGACGAAUUUGUGCAACAAUCUGAUAACAGCGACCGGGAGAGAAUACGCAACUUGGUCGAGGUAUUGCCUAAUUUCUCAAUGACAGAUUUUGCAUCUCAAGGGAAGACUCGUCAAUAUAACGUGGUCGACCUUAGUCCCUGCAAGACCCACCAGUCCUUCUACACUGCACUUUCAAGAGGUGUCUCUGCACAAGGCACUGUGAUCGUCCAGGAAUUCUCCACACAACCUAUUACAGGGGGCAUUAACGGCACCAUGAGAGAUGAAUUCAGAUCUCUGGAAGUUCUUAAUGUUAUCACCGAUCUCAGGUAUAACGAUCUUCUUCCAAAUACAAUCAACGGAUCCCAUCGGCGUGAACUGAUCGCGCAAUUCAGGAAAUGGAAAGGGGCAAAUCACGUACCUGACGGAGUGCACCAUGCUAUCAAAUGGAGCCCGAGCCGCCCUUGGGUAGAGGACGACCAUACUCAACAGGAAUGGGCCAUCAUCGAUAACGAAAGCAAUAGCGCCUCGCAAGACAACGCCUCUACAACGCAAAGCAAAUUUUCAAACUACAUCUCUGCCGAAGGGUCUAAAUCUGUACCCAUUAACGAGAUUAACCCUUUCAUGCUGGAAAGAGGAGCCAAUAAGGAGGCUAAGAAGCAAGGACAGCAAGAAGAUUCCACAACUAGGAAGCGCAUUAAAGUGGGACCUCCAACAACUAUUACCUCCUGUAUGCCCGAUAUGAUGGCAGGUAUCGAGUGGUCCAACAACAGCUGUGCAUACGACGCCCUCCUAAAGGAACUUACGGAGAAACCCUGGAAUCGGGCUUCCGCUCGGUUGCCCUCGGUUGCACCACGAUGGAGAGCGUACGUGACAAGUGGCGAUCGGCCUUGUCAGCGACAUCCCCAGAAAACUUUCCGAUGGGCGGUUACACCUGCGUGA